AUGACAUAUCUGGCUGCAAGAAUCGCAGAAGCCUUAACUCUGACGCUCGUCUGUCUCCUGGCAUUUUUUGGAAACCUGUCUCUGUGGUUCGUUAUCUUUAACACUCGCAGUCUCAGAGAGACGUCCUAUUACAUAGUCCUCGUGCUGUCCGUGGCAGACAUCUUUGUUUCGGCUGUGAGCAUGCCCAUAACGAUCUACACGAUCAUCGAAGGUGAUUGGAGGUUCUCUGAGGUCACGUGCAUAAUUAUCGGUUUCAUCAACAUGUCUACGUUCAUCGCCAGCGUGAUGUCGCUGGGAACCAUUUCGCUGAACCGCUACGUGAAGAUCUGCCAUUCCCACUACUAUCAGCGAAUAUAUUCGGUCCGGAACGUCGUCUAUAUGACAGCUGGAGUGUGGUGUAUUUCCUUCCUCCUUGCAAUGCCUCCGCUGAUUGGCUGGGGCAGAUACAGGUUCUUGCCCAACCAAUCAUUUUGCUUCUGUGAUUGGAAGAUGUCGGUCUCGUACACCAUUUUCAUGAUCACCGUCUGCUUUGGAGGACCGUGCUUCACGAUGACCUUUUGUUACUACAAGAUUCUGAAGACCUUCCGAAACAGCAGCAGUCGUCUGUUUGGCGGUAGCCGAGCUAUAUUUGCCAAACCGCGGUGUUUCGGUAAGAAAGUCAGUCCCGAUUCGUCUGUGAAGAGCAUCGCUUACGCAGAAACAUCACAGGUAAAAGCUACAGAACAGAUGUCGUCCUCCUUUCUGCAAGAACCACAAGCCUUUUUGACACAUUCAAGUCAGUCAUCGACAACGGUUAACGUGACAGCACAGACAAAAACCGAGCCCCUUACCCCGAUUCAAGGAACACAGCUAAGUCAGAUAACUGUGUCAUCUGGCUCUCAUGAAGAGAAUUCGAAGCAGCAGAGACGGGUCAGUUCGGCGGCGCCACCUGUACAAAUGGCACAGCGCAGACGGAUGACGGUUACCAUGAACACACAGUCAGACGACAACUCACACAUACAGUUUGAAAGGCGACAGGCUCGCAGGCGAAACGAGGAGUUUGUCCUCUCGGCUGCGCUGCUACUCGUGAUCUUUGUUUUCAUUAUCUGCUGGUUGCCGUUUUGUAUCGCUAUGUUCAUCACAGUGUUCUCUCCCAACGAAGUUGCCAGGGAAGCGGACAUGUUCGCGCUGUUGCUUGGUUACAUAAACAGCUGCUGUAACCCCGUGAUAUACGGCUUCUUGAACAAGCGAUUCAAUGCGGGUUACAAAAUGUUCUUCAGGAAGAUGUGUUCUUGUUGUAAAAGAUGCACAGCUUCCGUGGAUGUUGAUCCCAUUUCUACUGCUUGUUGA